AUGGCCGCCGCAGCACCGCUCAAGCAGAUCGCCCCCGCCGACGUGGCCAGCUUCGCGUACGACCCCGUGGACCCGGCGGCGCUGCAGGACGCGACGGCCAUCGUCAACGACGUGCGCGACAACGGUGAGCCGGCGCUGCACAAGCACGCGGCCCGCCUGGGCGACGUGCCGAGCGAGGACGCGCCGCUGCUCGUGGGCCAGGACGCGCUCAAGGCCGCGUUCGACGCGCUGCCGCUGAACGAGCAGCAGGUGCUGCAGCGCACGGCGCAGCGCAUCAAGGUCUUCGCGCAGGCGCAGCGCGCGUCCAUCGGCAACUUCGAGCAGAAAAUCGAGGGCGGCUUCGCGGGCCAAGACGUGUCCCCCAUGCACGCGGCUGGUUGCUACGCCCCCGGCGGCCGCUACCCGCUGCCGUCUUCCGUGCUCAUGACGGCCGUGACCGCGCGCGUGGCCGGCGUCAAGACGGUGGUCGUGGCCUCCCCGCGUCCGGCGCCUGCUACCCUCGCGGCGGCGUACCUGUCCGGCGCGGACUACUUCCUUGCGGCGGGAGGCGCCCAGGCUAUUGCUGCCAUGGCCUACGGCGUGGGCGGCAUCCCCGCCUGCGACAUCAUUGUGGGCCCCGGCAACAAGUGGGUCACGGCGGCCAAGUCCCUCGUGUUCGGCAAGUGCGCCAUCGACAUGCUGGCUGGCCCGUCUGAGUGCCUAGUCAUUGCCGACGAGAGCGCCGACGCCGCCACCAUCGCCGCUGACCUGCUGGCACAGGCGGAGCACGACACGGCUGCGGUGCCGAUCCUGGUCACCACGAGCCAGAAGAUCAUCGACGCCGUCAACGAGCAGCUCACCAAGCAGCUGGAGACGCUGCGCUCGGCCCCGACUGCCAGCGUGAGCGCUCAGAACGGCUUCGCGGUGCUGUGCCCCGACAUGGCCACGUGCGUGAGCGUGUCGGAUGUGCUGGCGCCCGAGCACCUGGAGAUUAUUACCAGCAACGCGCGUGAAGUUGCCGACCAGGUGUCGAACUACGGCGGACUAUUCGUUGGUGGCCGCGCGGCCGAGGUUUUUGGUGACUACGGCGCCGGCCCUAACCACGUCCUUCCCACUGGCGGCACCGCCAAGUACACUGGUGGACUCUCCGUUCACACGUUCCUCCGUAUCCGCACGUGGAUGCGCAUCGACGAUGCAGAGGCAUCGCAGGCACUCGUGCAGGACUCGGCACUACUGGCGCGGAUGGAAGGACUUGAGGGCCACGCACGCGCUGCCGAGAAGCGCCUGCUGUAG